UCCGCGCUCCCCUCCGAGAGCUUGUGCUGCGUCGGGCCGUUGCCCCGACAACAGGCACUUCCGGGAGCGGGGCUGGGCGAAUCCUGCCGGGCGGGCUGCGGCGCUGGACGGCGGCCGCCUCGGACUGUGGGGGAUCGUUGCCGGGCAGCACCUGCUUCCGGGAGCGCCUGCCUGGUCUCCGCGCACUGAGGCUUCCCCACCCUCGGCUUCUCACCGGAGCUGGCGGCCCCAGUGUUUAUUUGUUGCUCCUGGCAACAGGCACUUCCGGGAGGGAGGGCUUUUCCCCCUCCCUGCACCGACGGCGCGCGAGUCCCGAGUUCCGGACUCUAAGCAGCGGUUGUCCGACAGUCGCUACUCGCCCUCGGGGCUCUGCGGGCCGCGCAUCCCGGGCCUCCUCGCCGCCUCGGCGGGUCUGCGGGGCCGCCAUGGUUCUUCUGCACGUGAAGAGGGGCGACGAGAGCCAGUUCCUGCUGCAGGCGCCGGGGAGCACGGAGUUGGAGGAGCUCACGGUGCAGGUGACCCGGGUCUACAACGCGCGGCUCAAGGUGCAGCGCAUCUGCUCAGAAAUGGAAGAAUUGGCAGAACAUGGAGUAUUUCUCCCUCCUAAUAUGCAAGGACUGACUGAUGACCAGAUAGAAGAAUUGAAAUUAAAGGAUGAAUGGGGUGAAAAGUGUGUGCCCAGCGGGGGCCCAGUGUUUAAAAAGGAUGACAUCGGCCGGAGAAACGGGCAAGCUCCAAAUGAAAAAAUGAAGCAGGUGUUAAAGAAGACUAUAGAAGAGGCCAAAGCGAUCAUCUCGAAGAAACAAGUGGAAGCUGGAGUCUGUGUUACCAUGGAGAUGGUGAAAGACGCCUUGGACCAGCUUCGAGGUGCAGUGAUGAUCGUCUAUCCCAUGGGGCUGCCGCCGUACGACCCCAUCCGGAUGGAACUCGGAAGUACAGAAGACUUGUCCGGGACUCAGGCAGGACUGAAUGUCAUUGAGGAAUCACAGGCCCAGCUGUGGUGGGCGGCCAAGGAGCUCAGAAGAACAAAGAAGCUUUCUGACUACGUGGGCAAGAAUGAGAAAACCAAGAUUAUCGUCAAGAUUCAGCAAAGGGGACAGGGAGCCCCAGCCCGAGAGCCGAUCAUCAGCAGCGAGGAGCAGAAGCAGCUGAUGCUCUAUUAUCACCGGAGACAGGAGGAGCUCAAGAAAUUGGAAGAAAAUGAUGAUGACUCCUGUUUAAAUUCUCCGUGGGCAGAUAACACCGCUUUGAAGAGACAUUUCCACGGGGUAAAAGACAUCAAGUGGAGGCCAAGAUGAAGUUCACCAGCAGUGAUGCUGUCCGAAAUACCGGCCCACCUUUCAUGCAGGCAAAAUAAAAACACUUUAUCUAAAUAAUAAUGAUAAUAAUAACAGGGUGCCCACAACCCUCUGAAAGAUGUUGAACUUCUAGAUUUCCUAGUUUUUCUUUCCGUUUGAAUGUUUCAAAUAAAAAUUAUUUAAGGUUUUGGAAUUUAAUAAAUAUAUCUUCCAAAGAA